AUGCGUGGCAUUUACCCAAUCUCCUGCCUUCUCGCUCGCCCGUCCGUUCGUAGCAACCUCCUCCGCCGCCCAUACUGUCACCAAAACCACCACCACCAUCGUUACAGAACAGGCGACCAGUUUCCGUUCUUGUCGACACCUUGUUUCCUUUUUUUUAUUUCUUUAUAUUUCGCAUUGACUACUUUCUUUCUUUAUUUUCUUUCUUUUUUAUUAUCAGUUAAUAUUCUUCUGCCUAUCUUCACCCCCGACUUCCUUUGUUCUUUCUUUCUUUCUUUCUUUCUUUCUUUCUUUCUUUCUUUCUUUCUUUCUUUAACACACACUGUCUUACUGUGUUUCUUACUCUUUCUUUCUUCAUCAGGUAUUCUCACAAAAGACCCCCUCUUAAUUUUUCUUUCUUUUACACUCUUUUUACUCUCUAACCCACAAUUUGUUACUAUUUCUUACUCUUUCUUUCUUCAUCUGGUAUUCUCUCAAAAGACCCCCUUAAUCUUUCUUUCUUUCUUUCUUUCUUUCUUCAUUUAUUUAUUUUAUACUCUUUUUACUCUCUUACCCACAAUUUAUUACUAUUUCUUACUCUUUCGUUCUUCAUCUGGUAUUCGCUCAAAAGACCCCCUUAAUCUUUCUUUCUUUCUUUCGCACAAUCAUAAUAUUUCUUUCUUUCUUUCUUUCUUUCUUUCUUUCUUUCUUUCUUUCUUUCUUUCUUUCUUAUCAAUGAAUAUUCUUCUGCUUAUCUUAACAUCAACUUUCGUUGUUCUUUCUUAUGAUUUAGUUUCUUCUUUCUUUCUUUCUUUCUUUUUUUCUUUCAAAACAUUUUUCUUCUCCAUAUAUUCCAUAGAAAGAAAGAAAGGGUGA